CUCACUUGCAAAAGCAACCAUGGCCUCACGUACAAUGAACCCCCCCACGCUUCUACGCCGAAUAUACAGCAGAAAACAACCCGGUCCGAGUCCAAUUCCACCCCCACCCCCACGAACAGGCCCUGCACUCUCCAACCAGCCCCAACAGCACUUCUUCUCAACAACCACCACCACCAGCAACAAAAGCAACCCCCGCCGCGCCCUCCCCAAACUCGCCCAAACCUCCCUCUGGGCCUCCAUCCUCCCGAAAUUCCUCCGAACCCGGAACCCCGCCCCCCCGAAAAACACAACCACCUCCCCCUCCAAAGAAUGGAACCCCGCCAGCUUCUACAUCAUCAUCUUCAUCCUGAUCGGGUCGCAGGCGAUUCGCAUGAUCGCGCUGAAGAACGAGUACGCGGCGUAUACGCGGAGCACGGACGCGAAGAUCCGACUGCUGCGCGAGGUGAUUGAGAAGGUGCGGGCGGGGGAGAAGGUGGAUGUGGAGAAGUUGUUAGGGACGGGAGAGGAGGCGAAGGAGAGGGAGUGGGAUGAGGUGCUUCGUGAGAUCGAGCGGGAGGAUUCGCUAUGGCAUCAGAGGCAAUCGUUAGAUGCUCGACUCCGGGAGGCGAAAGACAAAGAGAAGGAGAAGGAAUCGGAGGCGGCGGCGGAGAAGAAGAAGAAGAAGAAGAAGAAGAAUGCAAGUGAAAAUACAGCCAGCGAAGGUGAUGGGAGCAGUGAUGCCUCUGCUGCUGCUGCUGCUGCUGCUGCUGCUGCCCAGGGCCAGACAAAACGAAAGGUCAACUUUUUCUAACGGCGUUCUUCCUUGCGACGCUGGAAUCGGUUCCAGGUAUAUUGAACGUUGGCCGCGUUAUAUAUAUAAGUGCACGCGCGCUAUGCCUUUUGGCCAUGUACAGUACGUAUCAUGAUUAUCAUCUGUGUACAUUAUUUAGACAAUACCCUAUGGAGUGACGUGGGUAGCGUAGGACGCAACCCAGGGCUAUCUAUCUAUCUGUAUAUCAACCCAUUCAAAGCUUGCUCUGCAUGAACAUCAUAUCAUGGAUAUAUCUAUCU